CAUGGAAUCAAACGCACCAGACUUCUUUGUUGUUAGAAGAUGUUCAAUAAUUACUAAACCCCAGAAACUGGCUCAUGGCUGAGCUGAAGGACAACAUUGCUGAGGAAAUAAAACCAAAGUGCUAAGUGCUUGAAGCUAGGACACCAUAUAUAAAUGCUAUUUUUAUAAUUUAUCAGCAUGAUGUAUUUAUCUUAAGUAUUUACCUUAAGUAAAGGUCAUUGGGUACCCUUUCGAGUAAUCAGACCCUUUACUCAAGAGAUGCCUCCUCUUCUUCUGACGAAGACGAGUAGGCUGCCAUGCUAGGUGAGGCCAUACAUUGAUGGCCACGAUGAUCAUUAGUAUGAGAACUUGUAGUUGAACUUUUCAGGGUGGUCCUUCCAUUCCUUCCCCAGUCUGAUGUGAAUAAAUUUAUGUGCUGCAUCCACCUAGCCCAUUGCUAUAUAAUUUUAUGGAAGGUUGUAGUUCAAGGUAUUGAUCAGAGUUCACACUGUCUUGUGAUCUAUUCAGCCCAUAGUUUCAAUCAUCAUUAUCAAGAGGAAGAACAAUGUCAGCAGACACUCAUACAGAAGAAAUAACUCAACUGAUUAAGAAUAUUUUAAAUAAAGAAACCAGAGAGGCAGCUCUGAAGCAACUUAGCAAGAAGAGAGAGACCGUGUCGGACCUGGCGCCGAUGCUGUGGCACUCGGGCGGCACCAUCACCGCCCUGCUGCACGAGAUCGUCAGCAUCUACGGCCUCAUUCACCCGCCGACGCUCACCGCCAUGGACAGCAACCGUGUGUGCAACUCGCUGGCGCUGCUGCAGUGCGUCGCCUCCCACCCCGAGACACGAUCCCCCUUCCUCUCGGCGCAGAUUCCUCAGUACCUGUACCCGUUCCUCAGCACCAGCAGCACGGCUCAGCCAUUCGAGUUCCUGCGGCUUACGAGCCUCGGAGUAAUCGGCGCGCUGGUCAAGACGGAUGAACGCGAAGUGAUCGACUUCCUGCUGACCACGGAGAUCAUCCCUCUGUGCCUGCAAAUCAUGCAGCACGGCACGGAGCUCAGCAAGACUGUGGCCACCUUCAUCCUGCAAAAGAUUCUCAGCGAUGACACUGGACUGUCGCACGUCUGUCAGACGUACGAACGGUUCUCCCAUGUGGCUCGCACUCUGGGCAACAUGGUCAUCAACCUGGAGAAGGAGAAGUCGGCCCGCCUCCUGAAGCACGUCAUUCGCUGCUACCUGCGCCUCUCAGACAACCCGAGAGCACGUGAGGCGCUGCGCUCGGUCCUGCCGGACCAGCUGAAGGGCGACACGUUCGACGGCUGUCUGGAGGACAGCUCGGUCCGCAACUGGCUCACCCUGCUGCGCAAGGCGCUCGACGAACCGGUCGGUCCCGAUCAGGGCAUGGCCGCCGCUGCUGCUCUCCACUGAGACGGAUGGCCGCCCCUGCUGCUCUCCACUGAGGCGGGUCACUCUCCUCAGAAGGCACUCUCUGCGAUGACGGUCAGUCCGUUCAACGUACACUGCGGCAUCUUCUGUGCUCCAUUAGAACAAUGAGUACAGUGUCCGCAAGUGUGCCUGGCCGAAUGGCUCCACGCAGCUUCUCCGCCUUAGCCGAUGCCUGAUGGAAGACGUAGUUUGUAGCCUUCUUGUAGUUAGUGAAUCUCCUUCGACGCCGCUCACUGGCACGCGCGCGCGCGAUCAAUAGCUGCGGGAGGUGGUAGGACGGACGAACUGCAAUCAGUGCCUCAUGGUCGCUGGACAUGGAGCUGGAUGAUCCGGCCAGUCUUCUAGCACGAUUUCGUAGGACGUAGCCGUAUUUGGAAGAAGAGAUGAACGGUUGUUUCAUCUGCUGUUCGUGAAUGUUAGACGAGUGACAUCAAACUUCGCGUACAACCGGUGUUUUUUAUAAUCUACUAGACAGCGUACAAGUUUUAGGGAAAUGAUUAGAGAAACUCUUGUCAAGCUUUAGUCCAGAAGGACCGGUGCGUUUGAUUCAGAAUGAUCGUUACUUUGAGUAAUUAAAAUUAAGACUUUCACUCUUGAUAGUGCUUUUCAUGUUUAUAUGCGCCUAUGAUGUGAUGCUGUACCCCAGCUGUAAUGUUUUGGGGAAUCUUGCUCUACUACGCUUUUAGCAACCUUUCUUUAUUUUGUAGUGUCUUUUGUAGUAUGUUUUCUUCUGAAUGUUUGAUUUGAUCUCAGGAUGACUUCAGAGCACUGAUGUGCGUUUCGACUUUGCCCCGCUGAUUUUUUCGCGUGUGCAUCUGUACCAAGAAGCCAAAACACCUCUGCUUUGGAUUUGUAAAAUGUGCUCUUCUGUCCAACGACGUGUGUACCUGAGGACGGCUUCCAGGAUCGUCUGACUGUAGACUGUAGAGCGACGCUUGACGUGCUGAUGUGUGCUUUUGACCUCGUGUUUGACCAGUACAAAGGUGUGGUAGCGAUGUAGCGGUGUUGCGAGUUGAAAGUGCUUUCAUUAGAUAGGACCGCCCUGCAUUCUGCUGUUCAAUGAUCAUUCCAGCCUAGUAAUCAAUCAUGACAGCUGCCGAACGGUUGUGUGGCUCCCGCCCUUUGAAUGAGCAUCGGGUGUGUUUUGUGCGUACUUUUUAAAGGCGUCAUGUAACCCAACAGACCGUAGACUGUGGAAGUGCAUAUACCGACCCAAACUUUCAAUCAGGAUUAGGUCGCUGUAGGCCGUGCCUUUGAGAGCUUUGUCACCGCGUGCCCCCCUCCACAGCUGCUUGUGCAGACGACCUCUUCAAUACAAGGCCAUCAGGGUAUC